GAUGUUAAUAAGGCAGCUGAAAAACUAGAUUAUGCAGGUGUUUUUGGUAAUAAACAAACAGUUAUUGCAAAAUAUGGAUCAAUCCACAUUGAUAUGCAAGGUACAUUCAAUGAAAAUACUGACAAGUUCCACAAUAUUCAAGCUCAACUUACCUCUGGUCCAACCGUUGCUCAUGUCAAUAUUAAUGAAAAUGUAAUGUCAGAUUCUAAAAGUGAUCAAAAAGGAAUUAAAAAAAAGGUAGUUGAUACCCUUUUAAAAUCUUUAAAUAGUGGUAAAACCUAUACUAUCAGUGCUAAACCAAAAAAAGAAAAGAGUAAAGAUAAAAAGAAGAAAAAUCAUUAA